AUAGUUAUUGUUCAUUUAAUCACAACCAAGAAAUCAUAUCACUGUUAAAUUUCACAAACUAACUAUAUCGAUUGUUGAAUAUACCAUAUAAUAUAUGUCCAUCACAAAACAUUUAAAAUGGUGACCUCAAACAUGGAAAUUAUGAAAAUAUUUUGGUUUAUGGUGAUCGUGGUCAACAUAAAUGCAAACGAAACAAAUGACGUAAAGCAGAUUUUUGAGCAACAUGAAGUUGUUUCAGAUGUUGUACCGUACGCACCAAACCGGUUUCUAAAGGUGACGUAUCCCAAUAACUUAGAGGUGAAAGCCGGCAUAGAACUUACACCAACUCAAGUAAAGUCACAACCUCUGGUAGAAUGGGAGGCGGAUCCAGAUACAUUUUACGCACUUAUAAUGACAGAUCCAGACGCACCAAGUCGCAAUGCACCGAAAUUUCGUGAGUUCAAACACUGGUUAGUGGGUAACAUUCCAGGCAAUGAUGUAACCAAAGGUGAAGUUCUAAGCGCUUACGUGGGUUCAGGACCUCCCAAAAAUACCGGACUCCAUCGUUAUGUAUUCUUGCUUUAUAAACAAAAUGGAAAGCUAGAAUUUGAUGAGACACGAGUUGGAAAUAACAGUAGAGAAGAACGCCCUAAGUUCAGUGCCUCAAAUUUUGCCACAAAAUAUAGCCUUGGACAUCCUAUAGAAGGCAACUUUUAUCAAGCGCAAUGGGAUGAAUAUGUUCCAGUUGUCCACAAACAACUAUCAGGCAACUAAAUGCGACAAUGCGAUAAAAGUGCCUUUAUAAUCAAAUGUAAAUAUUCUUUUGAAAUUAAAUAAUUUUACUUCGGCAUUUUAGAAAA